AAGCUGCCAACUCAUAUGGUACCACUACAUUAUGAAUUGGUUCUAAAACCCCACAUGUACCAUAAACGUCCAAAAACGUUCACGUUCAAUGCCUUCCUAGACAUCCGUAUGAAAUGCGUAGAAAGCAGUAAUAACAUUACCUUGCAUGCUCGACAUGUGAACAUCAUUGAUAGAUAUCUUAAACUAAGCGGAAGUGUCAGCGGUCCUUUGCAGUCUGUUAUUAUGAACUGGACGAUGGACAGAUCUAGAGAGUUGCUGGUGAUUCAUUUGGACAGCUGGAUGUGGAAAGAUAAAGAAUACACUCUUCGUAUGAGAUAUAACGGUAGAUUGACCAACUCUCUGACCGGAUUCUAUUACAGUAGACAGUUGCAUAACAGCACAAAAAGUUUUGCUGCCGCUUCCCAAAUGGAACCAGAUUUUGCUAGGUCGGUGUUUCCAUGUUUUGAUGAACCCGCAUACAAGGCUCACUUCAAUCUGACAGUCAUUCGGAGGGAUUCAGAGAAAUCUUUGUUCAAUAUGCCACGGAAAGAAGUUCGAAAAUACAAUCAUCAUCAGACGGCGGACAUUUAUGAGACUACUCCCCUCAUGUCAACUUAUCAACUGGCGUUUAUUGUGGGACACCUGUAUGAUUUACCAGAUACCUCUUUACAAAAUGUUAAGUUUCGGUCAUGGACAAUGGGUGAAAAACAAAUCGAGACGAAUUUAGCACUAGAUAUCAGUGUUCUAAUGGUGAAAUAUCUAGAGAAAUAUUUCAGUAGUGUUAUACCACUCAAGAAAUACGAUAUGGUUGCACUCCCUGAUGUAGUUGAAGGUGAUAUGACCAGCUGGGGAUUAUCUAUAUUUAGAGAGAGUAAUAUUCUAUAUACGCCUGGUUCCGCUGCUCAUAUCAAAAAACAAGAAGCAGUGUUAACAAUCUCUCGACGUCUUGCCCAUCAGUGGACUAACCUUGUGUCGCCCAAAUCAUUCAAUCAGCUAUGGUUUAAUAAAGCAUUGGGAAGAUUUGUUGCUGGUCUUGGUAUUGAUCAUUUCUUACCAACAUGGCAAAUGACACAGCAGUUGAUCGUUGAAGAUCUGUAUAGAGGAUUAGAUGAAGAUGCCUUAUCUACAUCGCAUCCACUUGAAUUGGAAGACAAUCGUAUACCAGAUGUAUAUGACCCUAUAGAUUAUCAUAAGGGUGCUUCUGUUCUUAAAAUGUUGCAAUUUAUCAUGGGUGAACGUAUAUUUACUAGCGGUAUAAAGAAAUAUAUAAGAAACCACGCUUACAAACCUGUUACUACUGAUGCGCUAUGGACUAUUUUAACCGACGUAACAAAAGAAAACGGUAAAACAAUCAACGUUAAAGGAUUUAUGGAAUCAUGGACGACACUGGAUGGCUACCCAGUUGUUAUGGUUAACAAUUUAGGGGGAAAUAAGGUAAAAAUCAGCCAAAAGAAGUUUGUUAGGGAUCCAUGUUCAUCUGAGACCAGCACAUCCAUUUCAAAAGCAAGAUGGGAGAUACCAUUCACAUUUACCAGUGACAGAGAAAGGUAUUACAACCAGACUGCUAGAGAUAUUUCGAAGAAGAAGAGUAGUUGUCCAUGGAUAAUGGGUAAUAUUCAACAGUCUGGAUUCUACAGGGUCAACUAUGAUGACAAUAACUGGAUUUGUUUAUUGAAACAACUCAAUGCUAAUCAUGAGGUUAUUCCACCAAUUCAUAGAGCUCAGUUGAUAGACGAUGCAAUGACUCUAGCUGCGUCCAACAUGGUCCAUAUGAAUAUUGCCGUGUUAACUUUAAGAUAUCUGGAUAAAGAAAGGGAAUAUAUCCCUCAUUUAGUGGCCAGAAAACACAUGGAUUAUAUUCAUAAGAUGUUGUUGAAUUCAAGCAUUGAAGCAGUACUUUCUAAUUUAUCAUGGACAUACGAAACUAUAUUUGUAGAGAAAAUAUUUCAAUCUUGUUCGAACUUUCCUGUAAGCAUCGUCACCUCUAAUAUUGAUAAUUUCAGAUUGUUGAGAUCAUUAAUAAUAUCUACAGCUUGUGAAUAUGAUCAACCAGAAUGUGUAAGAAGUGCUUUGGUUAUGUAUGCCAAUUUGAUGGGUAAACCUUCUGAUAAUAGAAUUUCAAGAGAUUUACGGGCAACUAUCUACUGUACAGCAAUCAGACAUGGCAAUGGAAAGGAAUGGAACUUCGCCAUGAGUCGAUUUAGACAAUCUCAAGAGCAUGCCGAGAAAGACAUACUGCUUAGAGCUAUGGCCUGUACUGACAAAGCAAGAACUUUGAAAAGAUUCUUAGAGACAUCUCGCGAUCCAGAGCAGUUCAGCAAGCAUGAUACUCUUGAAGUAUUUGGACAUAUUGGUGCUAAUCCAAUUGGAAGAGCAAUGGUCUGGGACAUGGUUAAGAAGGACUGGACCACACUUUUUAAUGAGUUUAAUGGUAAUCCUAAGUUCGCUGAGAUGAUUAAGAAGAUAACGAGUGAUAUGAGAACAGAAGUAGAGCUGCUUCAGGUUGAAAGCUUCAUAGAACAACACCCAACAUUGGGUAGUACAGAGAAGGUAUUCCACCAAGCCUUGGAGAAUAUAAAAUUUAAUAUCAGAUGGUUGAACAACCAUUACCAGACCUUCAGCACUUUGCUAAAUGAAAACGCAUUUUAA